GGUAAACAAUUCUAGUAUGAAAUUAAAAUAGUAAAUACAAUGGUUUGCUUCUGCUUUCUGGUAGAUCAGACGAGAAAGGUGCGGCAGCAGAAGCCGGCGGCCGGAAUAUGCUCGCGGUGCGGCGGCGGAGCGAGCGUGGCGGACAUGAAGACGGCCACCAGAUUCUGCUACGUGCCCUUCUACUGGAGGACUUGGAGAGCUAUCGUGUGUACCUUUUGCGGCUCCAUUCUCAAGUCAUAUAGGUAAUUUCACCUCCGCCGCCGCCGCCGCCUCUAAUAUUAAUUAACUAGUCCAUUUAUUUUUGAGAUGGCUAAUGCCCGUGAAAUCGUUUAGCUAGGCGGUUUAUCGAUUUUAUUUUUAUUUGGAUGAUGUACUAACUUCAUUGUUGGUUGUAUAAAGUGGAAGAAAUUUGUAAAUAAAGCUUUUCCUUUGAGUCGCCGAUCAA